CUAUGUUUUUUUAUUAUGUAUUUCUAAAUAAAAUAACUCUUCAUUCAUUUCAUGUUUAAUUUCAUUUGUUUUCUUAUCAACUUUUGUUUGUCUUUUUUUUUUCAUGCUUUUUAGAUCCUUUUGUUCCCUAAUGCAUUUAUGGCCUUUGUGUAUAAGGAGAUUUUUCAUAAUCUAUAACUCGGAGCAUUAAAUUUUUUAUGUGUAGAGAAAUCUCUAUUUGUAUCAUUCAGGAUGAUUGAUUAGUAAAUUGUGGAUGAUAUUUUUAAGUUGAAGUCUUGAUAUUUUUUAUUAGGUGGUUCAAUGUUUAAUAGGAGGUUAUUAGGUAACUCUAUCUAAUGUUGAACCUAUUUUUUUGUUGAUUGUUUAGAAAAUAUAUGAAAUUGUGUUUUUGUUAUGUAACAUGGCAUGAAGAAACUUUUUUACAUUAGUAACGAAUAUGCAAAGAAUGAUUUUCAGUUUCUCAUUUAUGCUGAAAAAUUUGUAUAUGUUAAUUUAAUUCAAUUAAGGGCAGAUAUUAGGAUUUUUAAGUAUAAUUUUAUUUGAUUAUGAUACACACUAUAUUAUACAUAAAUGAUGUAUUUUGUUAAUUCCAGUACUAAAUAUUUUUCAUGCAUCGCACGGGUCAUUCACUAGUAUAUAUCUAUUCUAAAUAUAAUAGUUAAGCAGUUCACUCACUGAGGUAUAUCCACAGUGUUCCCUCCAAUUGAGCAUACCCUUAGGUGACAACACGUUGCAGCCAAGGUAACAUGGCUGGGUCCUUGAAAUAAGUUGUUCAUUAGUUAAAGUAAAUAAUUCCCUCGAUGACACUCCAAAUGAGAAGCAAGGGCGGAUGUGGACACGUGGCUAGGGUUCGGCGACAACUAAUGUCACAGUGAAAACAUAAGGAAACUAAAAUGUUAUAGAAAUAGGGCUCGGUGCGGAAAAGAAAUUGGCCUCCUCUCAACAGGGCCUUUCGCCGAAAUUGCAACGCAGUGAACGAGGCUGCCAGUGUUACUUCCAAGAACCGCGCUUACGUGACUGGCUUGCUUGGUGAUAGGUCCUGGAAAAAUUCAAAAUGUCUAUAAAGGAAGAAUCUUCUGCAGCACCUGACUGGUGACUUGCGGUUAAUAAAGCGAUCGAUUUGGUACCUCCAACUUAGGCGGGCUCCGUCUGGUGUUCAAAAAUCACAGAUUUUCCCGCCCACCACUAUCAUCAUGACAAAAAUAGUUGUGUAUAAAUAUGAGAACCCCAAAGCUUAUACAAAUUAUAUAUGUGUAUUGUUAUUUGGAUCUGCUAUAGGUUGAGGUCGAUAUUCUUUUCUGCUGCAAACAAAUGCCUGCGAGGAAGGAUUUUGUCGGGGAUAUCAAUCCAACCAAGCUUGCCUGGUCCUUGGUUGUGGGGGUUGCUCGAUUGUAUGAGUUUCCAAGUCAGUGGAACAAGAAUGAGGUGUUUAGCUUGGAGUUGGUUCUACAAGAUGAGAAGGGUGAUAGAAUUCAUGCAACCGUUUGCAAGCCUGGGUUGGAAUUGUUCAAAAAUAGGAUAAAGGAGCAUUGUGUUUAUACUAUGCAAAAUUUUAUUGUCAAGCUUAACAAUGGAAAGGUUAGGACAAGUCCUCACAAGUACAAGCUUAACUUUUAUACAAAGACUGUGGUGGCAGCCCUACCUAUUGAGACUUUUGCUUUUAACCCAUUCAAAUUCCGUUCAUUUCAUGAACUUGAUGAAAAUGGUUCAACCGAUGGAAAUCUAUUAUUUGAUUACAUAGGAGAGGUUGUUGGAAAGGAGGAGGCCAGGGGGCGGAUUACACGCACUGGUGAUGAAACGAAGCUUAUAACACUCCCAUGGACAAGACUAGGAAGACUCUUCAUUGGGUAGAAUAUGAAGAUAAAGUAAGGAUUAGGUCACUGCAUGUGUAUCAUGAGACAUUAUACCCGGUUUGAAGUCGAGAUCUGAGAGUGCAUUCAGUUUGAUGAAGGUUAUAAGGAGCCACAUGGUAUAAUUAGUCUGGAUUACCUCUGGUAUUUGUAAUCAACUUAGUUUUAAGGUUAAGUUUGGUGCAUGUUUUGUAUCCUAUCUUUGGAGCGUGCUUUUAGUGAUUAAUUCCAGUUUCUAUGUCGUUAUCUUUGGUGGAAAAACAAUAUAUGUUAAACCUGAUUAUGCUGUAUUUAGGUAAUGCAUCUUUGGUAGGCCACAUCUA